AUGGCUGCCGACAUGGGAGAAAAGAACGUCGGACUCUCCCGCGCCGACAGCACCAACAGCAACAAACUCGGUCAGGUCGUCUCUGGCAAUGGAGCGGCCGUCGCACAACAGUAUGGUGAAACCGUCCGUGGCUUGAGCCCUCGUCAUGUUCAGCUUAUGGCCAUUGGAGGCUCCAUCGGAACCGGUCUUUGGGUCGGUAUCGGCGGUGUCCUUUCGAAAGCUGGCCCGCUCUCCCUCGUCCUUGGUUACACGUUUUGGGGUCUCCUUUUCAUCUGGCCUCUUAACCUAUCAGUCGCCGAGAUGUGCGCAUACCUGCCCAUCCGUGGCUCCAUCUUCGAACUCGCCUCUCGCUUUGUUGACCCUGCUCUUGGAUUCGCCAUGGGUUGGACCUAUUUCUUCGCUGGUCUCAUGCUUGUGUGUACAGAAUACAGCGCCGUCGCAACCGUCAUUCAAUAUUGGAACGCCGACAUCAACCCUGCUGCCUGGAUCGCGGUUGCCAUGGUUUCAUGUGUCGCUGUGAAUCUGAUUGCUGUCAAAUACUAUGGAGAAUCCGAAUUCAUCAUGGCUUCGACCAAGGUUGUCCUCUUGAUCGGCCUCUGCUUCAUCACUCUCGUCACCAUGUCCGGCGGUAACCCUCUGAACGAUGCAUAUGGCUUCCGCAACUGGGGCAACGGCAACUACAUCCACUCCUACUUUGUCGAAGGUGCUACAGGGCGAUUCUUGGGUUGGUGGAAGGUUGUCAUCUACGCCGCCUUCACCAUUGCUGGCCCCGACAUGAUCGCUCUCGCAGCUGGUGAAAUCCAGAACCCCCGCCGCACUAUUCCUCGCGUCGCCAAGCUCAUCUUUUACCGCCUUGUUGGCUUCUACGUUAUCGGUGUUUUGUGCGUUGGCAUCAUCUGCAGCUCCCGCGAUCCUGGCUUGCUUGGCGCCAUCGAGAAUGGUGAGCCUGGUGCCGGUGCCAGCCCCUGGGUUGUUGGCAUCAAGAACUUGCACAUCAAGGCCCUCCCUGACAUUAUCAAUGCCUUUAUCCUGCUUUCCGGCUGGUCUUGCGGUAAUGCCUAUCUCUACUCCUGCUCCAGAACCUUGUACGGUCUUGCUCGCGAUGGCCAGGCCCCCAAGUUCCUCCAGAAGUGCACCGCCGCUGGUGUCCCUAUUUACUGUGUCCUCACGGUUACCUUGAUCUCUUGCAUCACCUUCCUCGUUUCUUCCAACGCCGCCGUGGAGGUCUUCUUCUGGUUCGUUGACCUGACCACCACCGCCCUGAUCAUGACAUACACUUUCAUGCUCAUUACCUACAUGGGCUUCUACCGCGCCCGCGUCGCCCAGAACUUCCCUCCUUCUACCUUGCCCUAUGUGGCCCCCUUGACUCCUUACUUUCCCUGCCUCGCCAUGGCUCUUGGCUUUUUGGCCCUGAUCUUUGUCGGCUUCGACAACUUCCACCCCUUUAGCGUUCGUGGCUUCAUCACUUCCUACUUUGGAUUCAUCUUUGGCAUUUUCACUUUUGUUGUCUGGAAAGUACUCAAGAGGACGAGAUUCGUCCAGCCCAAGGAAGCUGAUCUACUCAGCGGAAAGGCCGAGGUAGACGCCGAGUGCAGACAUUGGGAGGAGGGCGGCAUCGAGGAGGUGGAGAGGGCAAGGCUUGCUGAGAUGCCCUUUGUCCGAAGAUGCUGGGAAAGAAUGUGGUAA